UGCAAAAUCCCCAAACUACCCCUCUCCUCCUCCUCCUCCUUCCCUUGUCUGAACGGGGGGAGCUGUGGCCACACCUCUCCCCCCACCUCCUCCUCCUCUAGGGUUUCCUCCCAAUCCCCUCCAUGGCCAAGACCAAGCAGGGCAAGAAGGACGUCGAAUCCUACACCAUCAAGGGCACCACCAAGAUCGUCCGAGAAGUGGGGGAUUGCGUGCUGAUGCGGGCGUCGGACACGGAGAAGGCGCCGUACGUGGGGAGGGUGGAGAGGCUGGAGACGGACGGGAGGGGGAGCGUGCGGGUGCGGGUGCGGUGGUACUACCGGCCGGAGGAGUCCAAGGGCGGGAGGAGGCAGUUCCAUGGCGCCAAGGAGCUGUUCCUCUCCGACCACUUCGACACCCAGAGCGCCCACACCAUCGAGGGCAAGUGCGUCGUCCACUCCUUCAAGAACUACACCAAGCUCGACAACGUCGGCCCCGAGGACUUCUUCUGCCGCUUCGAGUACAAGGCCGCCACCGGCGCCUUCACCCCCGACCGCGUCGCCGUGUACUGCAAGUGCGAGAUGCCGUAUAACCCGGAUGAUCUAAUGGUGCAGUGCGAGGGAUGCAAGGACUGGUUCCAUCCAUCUUGUAUGGGAAUGACCAUUGAGCAGGCCAAAAAAUUAGAUCAUUUCCUGUGCGCAGAUUGUGUCAAAGAAAAUGGCACGAAGAGACCUUCAAAUUCAUAUCCAGCAUCAUCAAAUUCUGAUUCUAAGGUUGAGCCAAAAAAGCGGAAGAGGUAAUUGCUGUGACACGAGCCAUCCGUGGUGAGGAGAUGCACUGUUUAUGGCGUCAGCUCUUCAUUGCUGGUGCAAAGUCAAAACGUGGAGGGUGUACAGUGCAGAUGAAGAGCUAGGCUAGGUCCAAGAUCGCGUUAACUUAUCAUUUGCCCGAAUUUGGGAACGUUUCCAUCAGUCUAGGCAAAAGAACGAACUUCAUUGAUGCUGUUGGCUCGUUCAGUUGUAGCCAGUGUGGACUGGAUGAGUGUCAGCGUGUUUUAGCUUUUUGCCUGGUACAGGAAAACGUUCCCAGCGUGGAUGAUGUUGAUGAUAGCUUAACUGUAGUUUCAUAAUUUGGGUGUCCCUGAGUUCUGUGACCUGUUUAUUGAUAAGUGAAUGCCGCAUGAUGAUGCUGUUGCUGCAAAA